UGGAAGGUGUAUGUGCAGGAGAAUUCUGGAAUUCUGGCUUAGGAACAGGGGACAAAGACUCAGCUUUGACCCUAUUCUGAGCCUCCUCAAGUUAUAUAUGCAAAGGCCAUUUUGUUCAUGGGCCAAAAUAUUAACGUACACCUACUUUGAGAGCCCCUGCUAGACUCCAGCUUUAGACUAGGUAGGAGAAAUCAGGCUAAGGCCUCUUAUCUAAAAGGCCUCUUUAAAGGGUCUCUUCAGAUGCCUGGAGGCAGUAAAAAUCUUCCAAUUGGUGCAGCUAGGAACACCCUAGAUGCCCCCUGCCCUUUCUCUCUCCAUCCUCUUCUCUCUCUCCUCUCUCCUCUCUCCUUCUCACCCUGCCUAGCCUCAGCUAGUGUGUGAACUCCAGAGGCCGUGGGCUAAACUGAGACCAGGGCCCAAGAAGAGCGGCCAGCAGUGAGGAAUCCAGUAUCCCUUCUGAGCAAGACCCACCAUGAUCCCAAGGAAAAGACCAGCUCAAACACCAAUGUGGGACCCCCUCCUGGAACCACAAGACAGGCAGCCUCUGCCAGUGCUCCCCCCAAAAGAGCUCUUGGCUGAGGACUUGGACCUUGACACAGUUCCCAGCACACACACACUCUAUGUUGGCCACCUGAACCCCCAAUUCUCAGCACCUGUACUGGCCUGCCUGCUAAGAGAUACCCUAGAGCAGCUUGAGCUGCCUGUGGCACGGGAGCACAUUGAGGUGGUGAGGCAGCCAAGGAAUGCCUAUGCAUUGGUGCAGGUAACCACCCAGAAGACCACCCUGGCCUCCCUCCCCUGGCGCCUGCAGAUGGCCUUGGAGAAGCAGCUGAUCCUCAAAGAGCUGACGGCUCGUGGGAAGGAACUGGUGCUGAGUGAAGGCAGAGGGCAGGACAACGGCCCCAGCCCAGGUCCCAGCCCUGGCCCCAGCCCCAGUCCUGGCUUCAGCCUCCAACCGUCAGCCUGGCCUGCCAACUACUCACCUAACCUGGACUGGGCCAGGCGGCAGCAGAUUUCCCAUAACCGGCCUAGUGGUGUGCGAUCUGAUAGUGCCAUUGAGCACCAGGAAAUUCAAGGCCAGGAGCGACUGUUCCAGGGUGCCUUCCUGGGCAACGAGACACGGAACAUGGAGUUCAAGCGAGGCAGCGGCGAGUAUCUGAGCUUGGCUUUCAAGCACCACGUGCGGCGCUACACGUGUGCCUUCCUCAACAGUGAGGGUGGCAGCUUGCUUGUGGGCGUCGAAGACAGUGGCCUGGUGCAGGGCAUCCACUGCAGCCACCGUGAAGAGGACCGUGCCCGCCUGCUGGUGGACUCCAUCCUUCAGAAUUUCAAGCCCCAAGUCUUUCCCGAUGCCUACACCCUCACCUUCAUCCCUGUCAUCAGCACCUCCACCAAGACCACACCUCUCAAGGUGAUCCUGCAGGUGCUUCGCCUGACUGUGCACACCCCCAAGACGCAGGGCGAGCCACAGCUGUAUGAGACAGACCAGGGGGAGGUGUUCCUGCGGCGUGAUGGGAGCAUCCAGGGCCCACUGUCCGUCACCGCCAUCCAGGAGUGGUGCAGGCAGAAGUGGACAGCAAUACUGGGCAAGCUGGAGGAGAAGGUGAAGGUGCUGACAGCGGAAAAGGAACAACUCCAGCAGCAGCUGCAGCUGCAGCUGCAGCAGCGCCAACACCAGCGUGUGUCAUGCACCUGCUGUGUCCUGUGAGGCCCACUGUGGGUGGGCGGAACCCUGCAGUGCUCUGCAUAGCCAGGCACAAGCUCUGACCCAGGCUGUCCUAGCAACAGAACACAAGUGGACCUGGUGGAGGUUGAUGGAGGCUCGGCCGCCUCUCCUAAAGCACUGUACUCAGAGAACCUGUGCCUUCACUGACCAGGUAGUGUAGCUGAGAAGCUGCUCUUAGCACAUCCCCCAGGAACCUUGGCCAGUCACCCCAAAACUGAACUCCAAAAGGCCUUCCUUCCUAAAUGUCCCCUUGGCCAAGUUGGGUCCAAGACUCCAGAGGGCUAGACAGUGCCAGAAAGGUACCUGUCAUCUUGGAAGUCCCAGCACCCAGCAAGGUAUGUAUGGCAACUGGGUAUGGUCACCCUGCAAUCCACUGACCCAAUGCAAUUUGUGAUUAUCAAAGCCCCUUAAUAAAGAAUUGUAUGCACAUGGAGAGCAACUUGCUAUUUCUAGGACACUUGGUCAGCCAGCAGAAACCCACCUCCCACUUCCUACCUCCCAUCACCACCAAGGGGGCAUCUGCUGGACCAAGCACAAAUGCUCUAGUAUCAUGCUCUGGUGACCAUGGCAGGUCACCAAGCUGUCAUUCACUGUGCUACCGCCCAGAAUCACCAAAGCUGAAAACUGCACACAGAAUGCAUGCCUCUGCCUGGGGUGGAGAUUAUGUAAGAUGCCAGAGUGCAGCAUUUCUGUGCAUCACAGGUGUGUUGAGCACCAGGCUCAAGGCUAGCCUAGGUAUUAUCAUCCAAAGUAGUACUUUUAGUGGGAAGCAGCCAGUUUCUAAAGGUCAGGGUGAGUGUAGCAACACCAGUCUGCUCAGAACUACCUGCCCAAACCCCUGGAUCUAAGAAAUGUCUACACUAAGGGCUCAGAGGUACAGGGAUGCUGAUGGGUAGGGAGUAGUUUGGGCACUGACCAGUUGGACACGACCUGCAAGGAUACCCUCCAAUGUUUUGACACAGCCACUACAGUAAGCCAUGUAGAAUCCCUUUUCUCAGAAAAAGACUGUUCAAGAACAUAGCACAUUGAGGCAGUUCACCUGGAGCACAAACAUGGAGAGGUUCUUUCA